AUGGCUCCAAAACCUCCUUCUGGUGCGUCUUCGAGAGCGUGGGAUGCUCUGACACCCCCUCUGUCGGACUGGACGCUGGAUGCCGUUUCUUCCUGGGGCUUCUCGCGCAUGACGCCCGUGCAAGCAUCUGCUAUUCCUUUGUUUAUGGGCCACAAAGAUGUCGUGGUCGAGGCAGUUACUGGCAGUGGUAAAACUCUCUCUUUCUUGAUUCCUAUAGUGGAGAAACUCUUGCGCCUAGAUGAGCCCAUCAAGAAGCAUCAUGUCGGUGCCAUUGUCAUUUCUCCCACCAGGGAACUUGCAUCUCAGAUUUAUAAGGUACUACUGUCGUUAUUAGAAUUUCAUGCCCCAUCUGCUGCUGCGAUCAACCCCCCCGAAGACGACGAUGCGCCUCGCCAAAAAUACCCCUCAUCUACACUCAAGGUUGUCCCACAGCUGUUGCUCGGUGGUACUACGUCUCCCGCCGAGGAUUUGAGUAACUUUUUGAAGCGAUCGCCGAACUUGUUGAUAUCUACACCUGGGCGGCUUCUGGAGCUACUAUCUUCGCCUCAUGUUCAUUGCCCUCAGUCGUCGUUCGAAAUGCUGGUGUUGGAUGAGGCGGAUAGACUCCUGGAUCUUGGAUUUAAAGAGAACUUACAGAACAUUUUGCGCCGCUUGCCCAAGCAAAGACGAACCGGAUUGUUCAGUGCCAGUGUUAGCGAGGCUGUUGAUCAGAUCGUCCGAGUUGGUCUGCGCAAUCCCGUCAAGGUUCUUGUCAAGGUCAAGGGAACUUCUGGUGUCGUAGAUAAGCGCACACCAGCAAGUCUGCAGAUGACAUACCUUACUACCCCUCCGACACAAAAAUUCUUAGCCCUAAAACACAUCCUUGCCUCCGUUGAUCCCACCCCCCAGAAGACCAUAUUUUUCGUUUCCACAUGCUCCGCUGUCGACUACCUAUCUGCGAUACUCCCAUUGUUGUUGAGUGAUGAUUUCCUUUUGAUACCUCUUCAUGGAAAACAUCAGGCCAACGUUAGACAAAAGAACUUUAACCGUUUCGUUAACUCUGCCACCCCGGCCAUACUUCUGACCACUGAUGUGGCUUCUCGUGGAUUGGAUAUUCCUUCCGUUGACCUCGUUGUUCAAAUUGACCCCCCUUCAGACCCAAAGACAUUCAUUCACAGAUGUGGCCGUGCCGGAAGAGCUGGUCGAAGAGGUCUGAGUGUUGUCCUAUUGCACCCAGGACGUGAAGAAGACUAUGUUCCUUUCCUGGAAGUUCGCAAGACGCCAGUGGCCCCUUUUAAACCAAUCGCUAUCUCAGAGGCCGACGAAGCAGCAGCUACGAAAGCCGUCCGCAAGGCCGUACUGGCAGAUCGCGCUCUUCACGAUAGAGGCCAAAAGGCUUUUGUUAGUUGGUUCCGGAGCUACAGCAAACACCAAGCAAGCAGCAUCUUCCGCGUGGCAGAUCUUGACUGGGAAGGGUUAGGCAAGGCAUGGUGCCUGCUGAAACUACCUAAAAUGCCAGAAUUGAGGAACUUCGAGGGUGACAAGACUCUGGGUGUUGAUAUCGACUGGAAUAACUACAAAUAUGAAGACAAGCAGAGGGAGAAGCGCCGUAAAGAAGCCCUGCUAGAGGCUGCGGCCGCUCCCGAGCAAACUUCCAAUAAGAGACCAGCCAGCGAAAGCGUCGCAUGGAGCAAUAACGUGGACUCUAAGAACAAGAAGAUGAAGCGACGCGAGGCGAAGAAGACACGACAAGAUAUGCAUAGAUGGGAGAAGAUGACCGAUGAAGAGAAGCAAAAGGCUCGCGAGACAGAGCAAAUGGUGGAAGAAAUCAGAGCCAAGAACGAAGAACAACGACGAUUAAGAAAGGCAGCUAAGGCGGAGGAAGCAAAGGGCUCUGCGAAGGAAGAAGAAUUCGAAGGGUUCGAUUAA